AGAAGUAAUCUGAGGACUGGCUGGCUAUCAUAGGACCAAUCAGGUGAUGGAGUUCACUGACCUUCUACACAGACAUGGAUGAGUUUUGGUCUCUGUCAGGACACAUCUUUUAACAUGAUCAUUAACUGUUGCUGUUUGUUUAACUACAGUUUUUAAAAGCAUAUGUAGUUGCAGCUUUAUAUUGUGUCUUAGAAGAUUUGAAACACAUUGCAUAUAUAGCAGAUCAUUUUCCAAAGCAUACCAUGUUGUGAGGAAGAGAAGCUGUUUGAGACUUGACAGCUGCUAGUCGGCAAGUUUUUUUAAUUCAAAAAUCUUUUCCAGCUGUAAUUCUCUGGGUUUGUAUUUCAAUCAGCAAAGCUUUUUUCACCUUUGCAAUAGUACACCAAACACCUUUAAAGAGACUCUGAUGUGCAAAAUCAGUGGAGGCAUAUAAAUAUCAAAUAUCAGAACUUCUUCUCUGAACAUUGCAACACUGUCAAGAAGGCUUUUCAGAUCGUGCAAGGUUUUUAACAAAAAAAAAAGUAAAUGAAGUGGUAUUUUUACACGACACAGCAGCUCCACUCCAGAGAGAUGUUUCACCAUGCUGACUGUAUCUUCAACAACAUGCUGUUAACCAGCUCCUCUGUAUGCUAUUUUUGAACCAUGCUGAAUUUAAUUUAUUGACCAAGUAUGUUUUAUUUUCUUCUCAUUCUGUCCUGUUGUCAUCUCUCAGCUCUGUGUAAGCACAGCUUGUAUUUGACUUGUCGCCAAAUUUGUGUCGUGUGACUGCUGGUCAUAGCUCAGUUAAUCAUGACCUUGCAUUUGCACUAAGGAGCACAAUUUUCCCCCUACAAUCUGGUGCAAAUGGUUUAUUUUUGGUAAAUUUUUAAAUGAGACAUGUAGAACAAAGGAUUUUUUGAUGAAAUAUCACACUUUGUUUAACUUAGAUUUAGGUUUUUUUUCCCCUAACAAAUCCAUGCAAUGGCUAUUGGAGAGCUCAGAAUCUGUAAUACACAAUAUUACUCUCUGGGAUGCAGUGUGAUAGAGGGACAAAGUUACAUAAAAUUAAAAUAAAUAACUAGAAGUUUUGCCAAACUUGGACCGCCCGGCGACCAAGAUGACCCCUGUGAUCUUGAAAAUGAGGUCACGGUCACCAAAUGCGAACUUGACCUGUGUCUUAUUAUGGUACAGCUGUGUACCAAAUAUGGUGAGGCUACAUCAAUAUUUUAUGGAGUUAUCGUGCGGAAACCAAAUUGUUACAGACAAACACGCAAGCAAGCAAGCAAGACUAUGCAGGUGAAAACAAUACCUUCCGGCAAACGCAGUCUUGCCGGGCGGUAAAAAACAAAUUAAAAACUGAAGCUGCCCAACAAAUUUGUGCAGUGCAGUGCAGUGCUUACAGUGCAGAGUUGCAUUCCACCAUUGGUGAGCUCGUACAAGUUGCAAACUGGACCGUGACUGACUUCCAAGUUGAGACUGUCCUCCUUGAAAAAACGAUCACAUAGGUCGUCUGUACACGCCCUUAUUACCACCGAGUGUUACGUUUUGAAGUUAAGCGACCUCUAGCGGUUGAGUAAAUAUCGACACUCUGGUGUCUCAGCUGAAACGUCACCAUGAACAAACUUUGACCUAACACUAACCCUAACCCUAAUCCUAACCAUAACCAUAACCCUAAACCCGUAUAACGAAAGUGAGGGAAAAGCCGUUUCGUGAAUUAAAUCCCGUAAUGCCUUCCUGUCUCCCGUAGGGACGCUAACAUAAAUACGCUCUCAUGGAUCGUAUUCAGGGGCACGUACAUACGACCUGUGUGGUCGUAUGAGUUUGAGGGCUUGUUGUCCAAGUCAAACCACAACCAAAGUUGGCUGGACAGUCAUGCGUUAGACUCACAUUUCAACAGAUGAGCCACAACAGCCUCCUUUUGUUGGACUCUGUACCUUUAUCACUGUGCACAGUAAAGGUCCAUGCAAAGUUAUAAUAAGCAAAGCAGAUUUUUAGGUGGAGAGACACUUCAAUAACGUAGAAAACUAUGGUGUGCUUCAGAAAAUGGACUGCAAUAGUAUAAAGCAUGAUACAGAUUGUAUGAGCAAAUGUUAUAAAUAAUGAAAUGCAGAAUUGACCAUACUGACUCUGUAAUGUGAGCUCAACUAUUCAAACAGUGUCACCAUUAGUUAUGCAUUACUUAGAGUGCAUGCUUAUUGGAGCUGCAGUGUGGCCUCAUUCAGUCACAGGGCAAAUUACUGUGGGACAAAUGUGAAGAACUGUAGACAUAAGAGAGGCACAUUUGUCCCAAUUCUUCUUCUGAAAAAGGCAGCAUUGAUAAACACUCGCACAUGAAUGCAAUGUGUUGCUCAAGGGUUCAAUGAGGAGACAUGCCAUUGUUUUUUCUGUUGUAAGUGAAUGAUUAUAUGAAAUUUAGACUUGUAGACAAAUGGUAAAUAGACAGCUCAGCUAAUUGCUAUUGGGUCAUCUGUGUCAUUUUAAAUUGUAGUAAAAAGGACUUGAGUUGUGGUUAAGGUGAAUACCAGCAGUGAGUCCCCAGUGACCAGAAACCAAUUCGGAAGAAGACUGAUGAUACCGAAAGCCCCAUCCACCAAGAUUAUCGGACUAAUUUCUCGGGUUUGUUACUUCUGAGGCCUAAAUCUGUCAUGAACAUGCUUCAGUUUCCAGGUGAAACAGCUCAGCCAUGGUGUUGUCUGCUUAUUUUGCUCACGAUAUUUGUUCUAGCAUAUGAAAAACACCAUAUGGCCAUGUUAACAAGGGAGAAACAUGAUUUUCCCCAGAGGGGCCUUCUCAUUACUUUGGUAAAGUACUGCUGAAACUGAUGGGAAUGUCUUUAGUUUUUCAUCUAUUUGUUCAUAAAACAAAAUACAAGACAAAUUCAAAUUUUGCCUUUAACGAUCCUGGCCAGUCAAACCAUUUGCUGCAUGUCACUCUGCCACUUCUGCCUCCCAUAUUUGCUGUGCCUCUAUACUGUCCAUAUCAAUAAAGGCAAAGCGUUACAUGACAACUCAUAUAUAAUACGCUUCUAAUGACAGAUGUGAACAUAACACAUUUUAGAAACUCAAGACAUCCACCUAUUUGAGCCAUCACACUAUUGCCAUCCAGAUUUUCUUUUCUUUUGGCUGCAGGUUCUGGGGCAGUGUUUCAUUGGUCAGCAAUUUGCACCACUUGUUUCUACUUGUUAAAGUAGGUUUUGUCCCUGCACUAUGUAAGAGUCUGUAAAAGAGCUUCAAAUAAAUCCACAGCGGACCCUAAAUUAUAUAUUCUUUAACUAAUAAAAACAUGUACAAACACAUUCUUUAUUUACAUAUAAAAAACAAAAAACAUGUACAUUUUAUACUACCGAUACAGUUUAAAGUGACAAUAGUGCAAAAUCACUGAAUUGCUUCAAAAUCACUGUGAACAUUUUCCGGUUGGUCAGGACUACUUGGGUGUAUGUGAUUGAAUAGGGGAUUGUUGUGCUGAUAAACGCAUCAGUAUGGUAUAGAAUGGAUGGAUUUUUUUCUGUAAAAGUGUUCUGGCAGGAAAAGCGUCUUUACCAGAUGUAACUCCAGUUCUGAGAGUACAUGUGUCGUGCUCCAACGGGCUUCACUAUCAGUUGUGUUGGGACAGACUGUAGUCUGUUUUGCUUCAUCCCUGAGUUGCAGACAACUGGAUUUUCUCUUAAAUGUGAAUAGGAAAGGGUUCUACUCUUUGUUAAACAGAAAUAUACAUAAUCCUGAAAACUGAACUUCAUUUUCCCUAAUUUGAUAAAGACAAGUACGCCAUCAAGUCACUGUUCAAAUGUAGGUGAAAAGGAAUGUGAGAACUGAUUUGCCAAGGUAGGUGCUAUAUAGAAAAGUAAAUCAUCUGCAUACAGCAACCCUUCUUUCACAAUGUCUCUUGUUUAUGUAUUGAAAUGAAGGGCUAAUGAAUGAGUUCGGUAGAGAGUCAUGUUGUUUUAUAUACAGACAUACCUUUAAUUAAAGGGUAAGUCUGUAAGGAAAGCUUAAAAUCAGAUGGUUGUUAGAGGAAGCACACUCCUGUCGGUAGAUCUCUGCUUUGUUGCUGCCAGCAAUAAGUCUCAUAUUGAGCUUCUGCUUCUGCACUUCACUGCAGAUCAUUUGGGGAGGUCCAUCUUGCUACUGUUGAAUUGAGCUGUACUGAAAAAGUGUGCAACCUUCUCUACAGGAGUCAUUAGAAAAGCACCAAGAGUGUCUAAAGAAACAGAGGGAAGCAGUGAAAUACAGGCUGAAGAAACUGGCAGCACGGCAGUCAGAAAUCACAAAAAAGUCCUCAGUGAUAAGGGAGAAUAUCAUAAGGAAAUAUCAGGAGAUCCAGAUUGUCUUGGAUGAGGACCUCAGGAUUACUCUGUCCCACCUGGAGAUGGAGGAGCGGGCUGCUGUCUCUGCCUUGGAUGGACUCAUGGAGAGGAACUGUUCUCUGAUCCAGGAGAUAGAACAGGAUUUGGCCAGACUCACCUUGGCAUUGGAGCACACCGACACAGAGCCUGAUACAAUGUCAUUCUUUUCAUACCCUGAGCAGGAAGACAUGGAGUCAGGGGACAGAGUGAUAGAUCUGCUAAACACAACAGACCCGAGCAGUGUGACUCUGGAUGAAGCUAAAGCUGAGCAGAUCCUCAGCCUCACCAACAACAUGCAUCUGCUUAUCUGCUCACAGACCCCCAUAAUCAAGAAACUCACCAAGAGCUAUUCCAGCGAGGUUUGCCUGGAUCCAGAGACGGCACAUCCAAAGCUGAUCAUCUCCCCUCAGGGUGACAGCGCCACCUACACAGACACCUGGCAGCAGCUCCCUGACCUCCCUGGACGCUUCGACACCACCCUUAAUGUCAUCAGUAUGCAUGGCUUCACCUUUGGUCGCCAUUACUGGGAGAUCGACGUGACUGGGAAGACUUACUGGGAGCUUGGUGUUACGUACCCCACCAUUCCUCGCAAAGGCACAACUGAGGACUGCUGGCUGGGCCGAGGAGCUGAGUCCUGGUGCGUGGAGUUCUUUGACGGGGAGUAUACAGCCUGGCAUGGAGGAGUGCCACAUCAGCUACCUUUCACAAAACGUUUCUGCCGGAUUGGUGUGUUGUGUAGUUUCCCUGCGGGAAUGGUGACAUUUCUUGAGGCAGAAAAAAUGACACCCCUGUUCUCCUUCUGUGUGGGAACCUUCUCAGACUGCCUCCACCUGGCCCUGUGUCCUGGUCAUGACCACAAUGGCAACAAUGCAAAACCUAUUGUAAUUUGUAAUCCAUCAUCUCCAACCUCUGAUCUCUGAUCUCUGAUGAGUGGAUCCACAGAAGAGCUUUUAGCAGUUCCUAGCUAAGGAACUUCUUUCUAACAAGGCACCAGUUGUAAAGAGUUGUAGUAUGACUAUUUAAGAAAAAUAGAGUUUAAUUUACAGCCAUGCUGGCAGCUGUGUGAGGGUGGACAGACUGUGGUGCUUUUAGCAUGUUUACAUGCUGACAGUAUGGAUGCUGAUGUUGAACAAUGGCUACCAAAGCUACCAAUCGUAGUUUAACAUGCUAGCAUAUUUGGUAAUUAAAGCUGUUCUCUGGUCA